AUGAUCGCUUAUCUAUUUAUCACUUAUGUUUCAUUCAUACAUCUACAAACAACCGAAUGCCUUCCACGAGUUGUUUACUUAAUUAGAAGCGAUAAUAAUGACUUUACCAACGAUUUUAAAGCAGACACAUGGAAUUUUGACGAUGAAAAUGAUAAAAAUCUAAAUAUGCUUGCAAAAAGAAAUGAUUUCGGAAAUGAUAGAGACGUCUUAGACGAAAUAGACUAUAAUGUCAAAUAUUCGGAUGUGUUUGGUGAUGGAAAUAAAUUUCGGACCGAGAAAACAUCUAAAAUCGUAAAUAUAUUUGAAGACGAAAUGUAUCAAAAUGAAGAUAGAGACUUGUUUAAAAACGAAGUAAAUAGAAAAAAGAAAGAUUUGUUUGUAAGGAACGAUUUGAAAUAUUCUGACAUUUUAGCGAAAGCAUUCGAUUAUAGCAGAGGGAAUGUAGAAACGAAAACAGAUAAAUUUGAAACCGACAAAGAUGGUGCAGAUUUGUUUAAGAAUGAAUACGAAUUCGAUAACAAUAUUGAUGACGUAAUAAGAGUAAGUCAUAAUAAAAAAUAUAAAAGCAAAAAGCACCCUUUAGAUAUUCAUGAUAAUGAAAAAUUAUUUCUUGGAAAGAAUUUAUUCAAACUUAUAGCUGAUGUCGGUGGUAAACUGGGUAAAGAAAUCGUCAAAGGUAUAGAAUUCGCUGUCGAUGAGAUAGCUAAGGCCGCAUUUCAAGCAGUACCAAAGGUUGUUUAUGAUGAAGCUACAAAGGGCUGA